AUGUGGUAUAUAGCUCACCUGAACAAGAGAACCACAACGAGACAUUUGACAACAGAUAAAGCUCACCUGAACAACAGAACCACAACAGGACAUUUGACAACAGAUAUAGCUCACCUGAACAAGAGAACCACAACGAGACAUUUGACAACAGAUAAAGCUCACCUGAACAACAGAACCACAACAGGACAUUUGACAACAGAUAUAGCUCACCUGAACAAGAGAACCACAACAGGACAUUUGACAACAGAUAAAGCUCACCUGAACAACAGAACCACUACAGGACAUUUGACAACAGAUAUAGCUCACCUGAAAAAGAGAACCACAACAGGACAUUUGACAACAGACAUAGCUCACCUGAACAACAGAACUACUACAAUACCUUUGACAACAGAUAUAGAUCCCCUGACAAACAGAACCACUACAGGACCUUUGACAACAGAUAUAGCUCACCUGACCAACAAAACCACUACAAUACCUUUGACAACAGAUAUAGCUAACCUGAACAACAGAACCACAACAAGACAUUUGACUACAAAUAUAGCUCACCUGACCAACAGAACCACUACAAUACCUUUGACAACAGAUAUAGCUCACCUGACCUACAGAACCACUACAAUACCUUUGUCAACAGAUAUAGCUCACCUGACUAACAGAACCACUACAAUACCUUUGACAACAGAUGUAGCUCACAUGAACAAGAGAACCACAACAAGACAUUUGACAAAAGAUAAAGUUCACCUGACCAAAAUAUAUAGCUCACCUGACAAACAUAACCACGACAAGACCGUUGACAACAAAAAAAACUCACCUGACCAACAGAAUCACUACAUGACCCUUGACAACAAAAAAAGCUCAUCUGAUCAAGAGAACCACUACAGGACCUUUGACAACAAAUAUAGCUCCCUGAUCAAGGAAACCACAACAAGACAUUUGACAACAGAUAUAGCUCACCUGAACAACAGAAUCAAUACAAGAUAUUUCAUGAAUUAG